GGGCGUCUGGGAGCGCGGCGACUGCAGCAUAAUUAAAACAUGGCCGACUCGGAGGAAUUUAGACUUAAACGUUUAAAGCACGAGGAGCAGAUGUCACGGAUGUUUGAUGAAGUGAUGGGGCUGGGGAAUUUCGCGGACUCCUCCAGGGGUUCUGUCUCCUCCUCAAAGAGCGGUGGUCAGGCCGAAGCAAAAGGACUAGAGGAAACUUCGGGGCAAAAACUGACAGAAGAUAGCAACUGCAGCAGACGGGAAGAAAAGACCGAUGAGGGGCUUGGAGAGACCUUUCCUCGUCUUGCUGCUUCAUCCUCUGACCAGCUCUCUCCGUUUAAUAUAAAGAGAGGAGGUGGCGAGGCAGCGUUUGAUGAUGCCCUGGAUGGGCUUCCUCAGUAUGGACCAGAGGAGGAAGAUGAAGACUGGCACUUUGCUCUGCCGAUGGGCUCCUUGGAGGACGUCGAUUUGGGGAAAGCGAACACCAAAACGGGCAAGUUUAGACCUGAGAAUAGCGGUUCCCGAUGUAACACUCUUGCUCGUAAACCUCGAGACAAUGAAGAGGAGGAGGAGCAGAGGCAGGAGAAGGAAGGGAGUGGGGAUUCCGUCAAGACCUUCGACUCUUCAGAGGACAACACACCAGACAACAGCAGAGACGUUCUGAACCAGACGGAGGAGACUGAGGACAGCCAGCUAGACAAGAUGCCUGAAGCUGCUCCAGUGGAAGAAAGUAACCCCCCAAUAUGUCCCGCUGUGAACAUCAAAGAUGAGCCGAUCGAUGAGGGCUACGAUGCUGCGCUGCUUCCUCAGAGCUCCACCAGGCAGAUUAAAGAAGAGUUGGAGCAGGAGGAGCUGAGAAUCAGCUCAGUCUACUCUGUAGGAGGAGUAAACACCUUCACGUCUCCAGCCAUGCCAACUGCUAUCCAAGGUACGACUCAGACGGCUUUCUUUAUUCCGGGCAGAGGAGCGAUCCUGCAAGCCAUGGCGCCCCUUUCUGUUAGACCCCAACUUCCAGUCCCAUCUUCAAUACACACGCUGACAGCGAUACCACAACUACGACCUCCACCACCCCCUGUUCCUGGCAGUGUUCGCUGCAGUGGCUGCCUAAAAGUUCUAUUGAAAGGCCAAACGGCGUUCCAGAGAAAAGGGUCGACACAGCUCUUCUGCUCCACGGUUUGUCUGACGGGUCACCUUCCUGCAGUCAACAAGCCCCGGGCCUGCUUCCAGUGCAACAGGGAGAUCCUUCAGCCCAGAGAUAUGGUCACUAUCCCAGCUGACAACAACACAUACAUGCACUUUUGUGGCCAGUUCUGUCUGUCCGUGUUCAGACACAAGAGGAAACUAAUCGACAAAGCUCCUGAUAAAACGGCAGAUAAGCGACUGGAAAAGAAGCCAGAAAAGCCACCUGAAAAACUGCUGGAGAAUCAACUCUUCUGCAGCAUCUGUAAGGCCUCCAACAAGGUGAUCGAGCACGAGGUUACCCAUCAGGGAAAACUUUACAAACUCUGCAGUGAUACCUGCUUUGUAAAGUGGCGUAAGCAGCGUCAGCUGGCCAUGAACUGCUGCGAAGGCUGCGGGCUCUACUGUAACAGCAACUCGGGUUCCUGUCAGACACUCACAGUCGACAGAUCCCAGCUUUACUUCUGCAGCCCCACCUGCGUCGACACCUAUAAACAGUCCUGCAGGAAGUCGACCGAGUGUGCCAACUGUCAAAAGGCCCUGAUGGUGUUCUCCACCAUCAUGGAGCGAGACCAGAAGGGCAAAGUUCAGCUGUACUGCUCGUCUAGUUGUGUGGCGCAGACCCGGCCGGCCCAGCAUGGUCUUGUUGGUACUCCGUUCCCGUGCUGCUUGUGCAACGUUUCAGCCGUUCCUCAGUAUCAUCUGGCCAUGGUGGACGGCACCAUAAGAAACUUCUGCUCCUACACCUGCGUGUCUACAUUCAGGAAGUCUGAUUACACGUCUCAGCUCAACCCGACCAAUGGAACCUCCUCUCUCAGGGACCCUUCCAACAAAGACGUUCCAAAGCCGGGACCCUCAGCCGGAACCAGCUCAGUCCCUCCUGUUCCUCAGGAUUUCUCUUCUUCAGUCCCAUACCCAGGCCACCAUCCCAGUCAUACCUCAGUGCCCCCUCUAGUGCCUCCCUCUUCGGCCACGUCCUCCCCUACUGUCCCAACACAAUCCCAGGCCAGAUCUCCCCCAGAUCAGCCCAAGCCAGCAGAGGACAGACUCGAUAACACCCCUAAAGUGACCUGCCAUCAUUGCAGCAAACUGUUCAACACCAAGCCGCUGCUGCUGAGCCACCAGAGUCGCAUCUCUAUAUUCUGCAGUAGGUCGUGUUCUGAUCAGUACAAAACCCAGAAAAGCAUCCUUGCUGUGUGUGAGUUGUGCCAGCAGGAGAAGGUGCUGUUUGAAACUGUCAACUCCGACCAGAAGGACCUGUUCUUCUGCAGUGAAAACUGUAAGCUGCUCUUUAAACAAGACCACUCCUGCCGCGUGUGCACAUACUGUGCAGGCCUCGGCCAGAAGAUGGUGCUCAGUCACUACGGAGGCAAGACCGAGAAGUUCUGCAAACCCCACUGCAUGUCCCAGUUCACUGUCCUAUACUACGGGAUGGGUCGGUGCGACAGCUGCAGGAAACAGGGCUACUUGACCGAGAAGCUGCAGUGUUUGGGUUCGGUGCGUAACUUCUGCAACAUGCCCUGCCUGCUGCAGUACUGCUACGCAAACUUCGAGACGAGCCAACUCACGAGCAGUAACGGCUCUGGAGCCCCACACAUGCCCAGCGCUCCGACGCAGCCCCACCACUCGUUGAAGAUGAAUCCUGUCAUAGCCGACGUGGUUUCUUUAGCCAACGGUUCUGCUGCUCAGCCCAGCGUCUCGGCGGAUGCCGCGCUGACCGGAGCUCUUCCAACUUCAAACAUAGACGGCAAGAAUCUUGACCAUGCCAGUACUCAGACCGACGCCAUGCGUGUUCCUGCGCCUCGCCGUCAGAUGAAGAACAAGUCGGUUCUGUGCCGACCCUUCACCACGGACCAGGAGAGCAUGUGCCAGCUGCCCUCACCCUCCCCUGAAACAGAAGUCACAGCCAAGGAAGACAACGUGAAGAUGUGUAUGGUUCCAGUACCGGUACCAGUCCCAGUCUUUAUCCCGGUGCCUAUGAACAUGUACUCCCAGCACACGCCUGUUCCCAUGGUGAUACACGUGCCUGUUCCGGUACCGAUUGUUGUACCGCCACAGACGAAAGAGAUGAAGGAUGUGGCGGUCCAGUUGGAGACUCCUGCCGUGCCUCUGCAGAAGAAAGAGGUGAAGGACGUGGCGGUCCAGUUGGAGACUCCUGCCUUGCUGCCACAGAUGAAAGAGUUGAAGGACGUGGCGGUCCAGUGGGAGACUUCUGCUGCAGAGGAAGAAGAACGGGGAAAUAAAUCUGUGUCUGCCGAAGACCAGAGAGGUUCUACUGAAGGCACAAAACCCGAAGUGGUCUCUCACUCGGUCUGUGAGGAUGAGGAGGCUCAUGAAGCAGCCGACCUUCCUCAGACUGGAGGUUCUCAGACAGAAAACCCAACCGAGGCGAGUGAAACGGGAACCGAUCCUCCUGCCGCCAGCUUGGAUCAGGCUCCAUUAUCACCUCUGAUGGACCUGGAGGCCGACUUCCCUCCUGAGCUGUUGAACAUGAAGCCGCCGGUUCAGAAGCGAGGUGUGAAGAGACCCAGAGACCGUUCCUACAGCCGGAAACGAGGUCGGAGGAGAAUCGGUACCACCGCAGUUUUAGGGACUCCCACCAACUCCAAACUGAACCACCUGUACGGGCUCAAGGCCUGGACAAAAUGGGUCCAGCAGAUGCAACAAUCCGGAGGAGCCUCCGUUAAAGAAGACAUCCUUCAGUGUGACUCGGCUGAGCUGAGCGUCGCUCUGUCUCGCUUCGUCAGAGAGGUCCGACGGCCAAACGGAGAAACGUACAGCCCCGACAGCAUCUUCUACCUCUGUCUGGGGAUACAAGAGUACCUAUUUGAGAAUGGCCGGAUAGAAAACAUCUUUACAGACCAGCUGUACAGCCACUUCUCCAGUGAGAUCAGCGGGAUGCUUCGACUCUGGAAACCCAAGCUGCUGCCGAGCGGUGGCGUGGUCCCCUCUCGGAUCGAGGAGUCCUACCUGUGGGAGUGCAAGCAGCUGGGCGCGUACUCGCCCAUUGUGCUGCUCAACACGCUGCUCUUCUUCUGCUCCAAAAGCUUCCAGCUGACGACAGUGGAGCAGCACCGGAGCCUGACCUUCUCCAACCUCAGCCCGCGGUCCAAACCCUGCAGCCGGGCUGGAAAAGUCACCUACCUUCAUUACCAGAGAGGCGGUUCUGAACAGACAGGUGAGCCGUUAAAAACUGAUACCGUAAUUUCCGGACUAUAA